GGCAGAGGUUAGCGGGGUUCGGUUCGGUGUCGGAGGGGUGGCGGGCAGGGUUAACGCACGCGUCCAUGGCAGCAGAUGGUGGGUAUUAAAGGUAGGAUGGAUAGAGAUUGCGGAUUGCGGUUGGGGUUGCUGUUGCUGUUGCUGUUGGUGAUGCUGUUGCGGUGCGGUGUGUGUGUGUGCAGCAGCUUGCUUUGCGGAGGAGCUUUGAACACAAUUUUUGGGCGUAGGCGAAUUGACGUAGGCUUGGCCCCGGGGAGAGGAGCCCAAUGGAGCAGCGAGGCGCGCCGAAUUAUCCUGCUUCUCCGCCGGUUUCUUGAUCAGACCCUGAUUAGCGCUGGCUUUGCUGGGGCCGGCGCGAGGAUUGGUUCGCGUCCUGACUCUUCUGAUACAAACCCAAUGCCUACAAAGAGGGAUCCCUAUUUUAGCCUAAGCCCGCCGCUGCUGCCAGCGCUCGCUCGACACGCUUCGACUCGCCCUCCCUCUCCUCUCCCUUUGCUUGCUUGCCUCUCACCCCGUCGCUCGUUCUGACUGCCCUGCUGCCGUGCCCGUCCUCGUCGCGUCCUCGUAUCCCGCGCAGCAGUCUUUGAUUCCCCCUCCGAUCAUUACCGGGACGAGGCGCACGCCUGACCAGGGACCAACGACGAGCCACCACGGCCGCACAAAUAUCAUCGCAUUACAUCACCCUAAGAGUCGAGCUGAUCGUCUUUUCCGCGAUCUUCAACGUUGCACUACCUGGAACGACAACGGCCUUUCUGCAUCCGCCGCACCCUUCACCCUCC